UUGUUGAUAGAGGUUGCCAGGGCAACCAAUCGAAUUAUCAUAUGGAAACUCAUCAGCUGUUCUACAAAUAGAAAGUAUGUUGUGUGUUGGCGAGAGCAUUGUACCGGAGAGAGCUUAUUUUGUUUCGUUGCUGCCGGAGGUAUAUCACAUUUUACAACACGACGAGCUCUUGAACAAUGUCUAGUCGACGUGAAGCAGCAGCAGCAGCAGUUCCUUCGAAGCCGAGCAGUGCACCUUUAGUCUUGCCCAUGAACAGAGCAGUGCCCUUUCGUAGCUCCAUCAAAAUCAACGCUAUGCGUCCGCCAACGGCACACAGCGAUCGCAACGAAGUCAGUUCGCGAGUGGUUAUCACCAGUAAAACAAGUGGCCUCGUGUCAGAGAUUCUCAGCAACAAAAUGAGUUCGAAAAGCAGUUCAAGUGGCGUGACAUCGUCGAAACCUUUGUGGCAGACUGUCAAAUCGUUUGGUGGCCGAUUGGACAGAGUGGCGCCAAGUAACAAACAGGGCAAAGAGAAGAACAACAAGCAAGAACAAAUGGCCACUUCAACUGGCACCGAAUCUAGUGGUGUCUUCUCCAGUUCGGAAAAUGGCAGCUUGAAAGAGUUGAAUAAAGACGUUGUUACUCCAAUCGAUUUCUUACGUCCACCUCAGUCCUCAACUAGUCGACUAACUGCAGCCAUGGCCAAAACGACGAGCAGGCUUGUCAAACGUCCAACGCCCACCGUCACCAGCACCGUUGUAGAUCAGACUGUUGAACUGCACAACCAAAUCCACUUGCUGAAAAUUCAACAUCACGAACAACUCGAACAGCUCAAGCGUGAACUCAACGACAAGUUGCAGAAAGAACUGACCAUCACUCUUGCCGAAAAGGAAAACCAAUUCCAACAGCAGUUGGAAGCGAAAGAAGCGGCCUGGACAGCCGAAUGGACUGCCCGUCUGGUGGACGAGCGCACCGAGUUGGAGCGUCAGCUGGCGGAAGAGAGGGCAGCUCGAGCGGAGGCGGCAGAGGCGGCCGCGUCCUCAUUGGCCGAGGAGCGAAAGUCGUGGCAGCAGAAGAUCGAUGCCCUUCUAGAGAAAACGCGGGGUCUGCUGGCUGAGAAAGAGCGACUGGAGAAGAACAUCCGGCAGGAAGUGGAAGUCCAAGUUCAGGCCACAGUGUGCGAAUUCAACGAACUGCAAAAAGAAACGGCGUCGCUGCAGGUCGUCUUCGAUCUUCGAUGCGAAGAGGUCCGCAAUUUGCGUAGCGAAUUAGAAAAGGCAACCAAUAUCGCCAAAGAGGUGCCUUAUCUCCGCGAACGUGUCACCACGCUUGGCAACAUGGUGGAAGGCCUCAAAGCGCAGCUGGAGCAGAAAAACAUUGAAGAAAGGCGAUUGCAAUCGGAAGUGAAGAAGUUGGAGGCGAGCCAUAAAGAGGAGGCCACGAUGGUCCAGCGGCUCUCCAUGCAGAACGAGCAGCUUCGUUACCUCAACUCGUUGGCGCGGCGUCCGUCACCUACCCACUCUCAAAACGACUGCGAUCGAACGAGUCCAACUAAAGGCCACAAUCCGUCGUCGCCGUUCUCUUCGACGCCGUCCGAAACGCCCAAACUCAGUCGAAGGGGCCUGCCCUCGCCCAGUUUAAGCCCCAUUAUAUCGGAAAGCGGGACGGGAGAGAACAACAACAACAGCAUUGCCAGUUUAACGCCGGAUGGUGGCGGAACAGGUCAGAUCAAGAGGCGCCGUGACGCUGUCGUCAGCAGUGGGAACGGCAACGGCCGCGCAUCCGUUCAGAGCGACGUCGACGACGUUUUCAGUCCCAACACGUCAACGGAAAUGGCGUCUGAAUUAUCGGAAGCGGCGGCCGAAGCCGGAGAUGACGCCGAAUCGCCGACGGUUCGUGAUUUCACCAAGAAACACGACUCCGUCUCGUACGUCCUCGACUUGGGUGGCGAACAUUCGCCUUCCGUCUGCGCUGGAUUGCCGCCCUUAAGCGCCACCUAUCAGCUCCUGCCGCCCAGCUCGCCCUGGACGUCGCGCCGACAUAGCGGAUUGGUCCGUUCAGCCAGUCUGCGCUACCCGACUCGGCCCUACAACGCCCACCAUUGAAGUUUUUUCGGCCAUUGCUGAACAAUUUUUAGUUUUUUUUUUUCGAUGCAACAUCGAGAAGAAAACGCUCGAAACAACUGCCGUGAAAAAUUCAUUUAAUGAAAUCCGCUUUGUUUGUUGUUUUGCUGAUUUGUUUUUUUGUUUUUUUUUAAUUCUUUUGAUGGGAUUGAUGGAUGCGGCUAGUAUUAUAUAGGAGAGGAGAACUACGGCGAUUCGUGUGUGGAGGGGAUUUUUUUUUUUAAAUUUGAUUUAAUGCAAAACAUUCCGUGGGAAAAAAAAAAAGAGAUAAAUAAGUUUUAAGAAAAGAAAAAUAUGAUUUCAAUCAGGACGGUGCCAAAAAAGUACGUUCAAAACGAUCCAUCACACUUGUGUUUUAACAUGCAAAUUUUCGAGCGGUUGUGUGUUGUGUUUGGCACAACUAGAAAAACAACAAAAAAAAAAAGCGUUUGAGAAAAUCAUGGAAAAAAACACAAUGGCAACACAACAAAUUUGAUAGUAGCUGAUUUCACGAUCAAAACUACGUCUUUUUAUUAUUAUUAUUAUUAUAUAUAUUUUUUUUUUACAUUCAUGAUUCAAUCACACAUCACUGACGCAAUAAUCAUCGAUCGAAUUUAAUUCAGUAUAGACAUACACAUUUUUGAUAGCGAUUUUGAUAUGAAAACUUAUGUGUAGAAAUAAAAGUUGACGAAAUUUUGCUGUGCAUUUUUUUAAAUUUUAUUUGUUUCAUAUUCAAAUUAGACAAGGCGGAGAGGGAAAGAGAUCGAGUGCCAUUAUUUUAUAAAAGGAAUGUUUGGGUUGUUUUUAAAUCACUGACGUCUUCUUUUCAUCAUAUUUACAUACACACGAAACAGUUGUAGUCCGUCCAUUUUUCUUUCUUCAUUUUUUUUUUUACGUUGUGUUGUUAUUUUUGUCUUUUUCUACGUCCUUAUUCUGUUAUUCAAAUCACACACACAUACUAUAUAUAUAUCCAAAAAUCCCGGUGACGUAUUUUUUUUUUUUUUGUUAUUGUCUCGUCAUUUUCGGAUUUUAUCUAUUUAUUUUUGUUUUUUUAAUUUUUCGUCAGAAAAUUAUGGGUGGGAUAAAUCUGAAAAAUGGUGAAAUUUUAGUCUGUCUUUGUCCACGGUAAUAUCAACAAUUCUAUAUAUUAUAUAUAUAUAUAAAUUUAUGUGUGUAAACAAUACACGAAUGUAUUUGGUCAAGAAAA